CUUUCGGAGAAAAAAGGAGACAAGACAGAAUCCCUAAUGAAUCCUUAAUGUGUCUGACUUCAUCAAGCCAUGCGGCGACAAUUCGAUACAUUGAUUGUCUGAUUGGAUAGAACUGUGGUAGGCUAUAUAAUUUCUCUUUUCUUAAACAAUUGUUUUUCACCUGCUGAUUUAUCGAGGCGAGAAGCUGUUGUUCAGUCAAUUCUGCAGCGAGGAAGCAAGCGUUCAAUGAAAAAUGCGGGAAUUCUCCGCUUUGGCCUUGUUUUUAUCCAUCGUUUUACUGUCAUAGUGAGGAAUGCCGGGUGGUGUAGAUUGUCAAUGUCAUCGCUCCGAUCAAGUGCACCUUGUGAGCCGCCAGCGCCGUAUCAACAAGCAUCACGACCACCACCCGACGGGGACAUCGACACGACGCCUCUGAGUCCGCCGCUCUCCUCCGGCUUGUGACAUGACAGCCCGGGGAAGAAAGAAGAGGAUCAAGCGGCACAGACCUGCAAGCGGACGUGUGGAUUUGAAUACAAAGGCCGCGGGUAACAAUCAUUUUGAGGGGCUGGAGCCCACGGAAGCCCGGACUGCAAGAGAGGGCAGUGCCUCACAGACACCGACAGGCUACACCUGCGAUACGAGACAUAGAGAGGAUCCCAUAUCACCAACUGCUGUUAUUUCAUCUGUUCCCCUAUUCCAAGAUCAGGCCACCUAUCUGUUUUGUCUUCGUGCGUAAAUGUGGAUGGAACUGAUUGCGUUUUUGGAUAAAAUGCAUUGACUAAUGUGCCAUUUUAACUAUAGCGUCUGGAUUCAAUGGGACGUGACAGAGAUUGAUGACACAUUUAUCCCAAGUCCACAGUGUUAUCAUCCCGUCAAGUCCCCCUGACUAGAAUCCUAACCUCAUCAUGGGCUGCAUACAGAGUAUCACCUGUAAGUCGCGCAUCAAACGUGAAAACAUAGUGGUCUACGACGUUUCCGCCACUAUCGACCACUGCCCAACAAUCAUUGAGGAGAACUCGCCUAUAGUGUUGCGCUACAAGACGCCCUAUUUCAAGGCCUCUGCACGGAUAGUGAUGCCCCCUAUUCCCCGUAAUGAGACUUGGGUGGUGGGUUGGAUCCAGGCAUGCACCCAGAUGGAAUUCUACAACACCUACAACGACAUCGGCAUGUCUAGCUGGGAGCUACCAGAGUUGUGUGAGGGUCUUGUGAGGGCCAUCAGUGACUCAGAUGGGGUGAGCUACCCCUGGUACGGCAACACCACCGAGACGGUCACCCUGACGGGGCCCACCUCCAAGCCCUCUCGCUUUACCGUCAGCAUGAACGAUAACUUCUACCCCAGUGUGACCUGGGCAGUGCCCAUCAGCGACAGCAACCUUCCCCUGCUCACCUGCAUCAAGAGGGACCAGAGCUUCACCACAUGGCUGGUGGCCCUCAACACGGCCACGCGGGAGAAGAUCCUGCUGCAGACGGUCAAGUGGCGGAUGAGGGUGGACAUCUUGGUGGACCCCUCCAUGCCCCUGGGCUCCAGAGCCACCCUGAUGGGCCGGACGCACCAGGACCAGCCCCGCGUCCUAACCCGCAUGGAGCCUAUCCCCCCCAACGCCCUGGGGAGGCCCAACGCCAAUGACGCCCAGGUGCUGAUGUGGAGGCCCAGGAAGGGCCCGCCUCUGGUGGUCAUCCCUCCUAAGUAGUGAAGGAAGGAGAGAGGGAGGGGAGGUGGAACUAUGGGACCGGACAUCCAGCCAUGAUGAGAUCAAUAUGGACAGCUGCCUUAAAUCUCCACCACUGCCUUUGAGUAGAGCGGGAGAAGACCAUUGCCUGGAUCGGGUUUAAAUACAGGACAGACCCACAGACAGACCCCUGCCUUAAUAAAGUCAUUUGGCAUGGAGAAGUAAGGACGACUUGUGGGUGUGCCAGGCCCAGCAGGCUUCAGAGUAGGCUACACUCCAGGGGAGCAGCCUGUAACCUAUCGCACACCAUACUGCCUCACCGAGAUGACAGAGCAGCCAUCUUUAAUCACAGAUUGCUCUGGGUCUAUGACAGUGAUGUAGAGGGCUGUAUCUCAAAUGGAGCCCCAUUACUCUUUGGCUCUGGUUAAAGGUAAUGCAGUAUGUGGAGAAUGCGUUGCCAUGUGAGACUAGCCCAAGGUGUGAGAGGCACAAGAGUACAUGUAUGUGGCUUUAUGGGUAUAAUACAGGUGGUAUUGAGGUGUAUAAUGUAUUUUAUAUGUAAGAACAAAGAUUGUGGUACAUUUAAAGUCAGCCUUCAUGCUCAGUACAGUUACAGAAAGGGAUGGAUGUGUUACUGGGAGAGGGGAAAGACAGGGUCUCUAAAGCAAUCUACAGCAGCCCCAAUGAGAACAGCAGUGUAGGCCAGGCCAGGUAGUAGAUGAGCUUCAUUACAAACGCUAUAUAUUCAUUUUCAGAAAUGUUGGUAAAAUGAGCUUUUAUUGUUUAGAGAAAUAUUGAAAGAGAUGUGUUUUUUCACUAUCUAAUCAUGGCAUGUUCAAUGACAGACAUGCAUUUGUUUAAAUCGAUCACUUGAUGGUUUCAUUUCAGAGACAAAUUAUAUUUUUGUUGUGCAAAAUGCUAUAUAUCCACCUCACUCUCUGAGAAAUAAGUAGUUAUGCUAGGUUUUAUAGAAUGAAUUGUAACAAAUAGCUACAUUUUUAAUAAAGAAAUGUACAAAUGAUACACAUGUGAUAUCUUUAUAUAUUUUAUUUUACAAAAAUAAUUCAACAUAGUAAUAUGAGAUCUAUAUGUAAAACAUUUACAUUUGACAUUUUAGUAAUUUAGUAGAUGCUCUCAUCCAGAGCUACUUACAGUAAGUGCAUUCAUCUUAACAUCUUAAGAUAGCUAGAUGAGACAACCACAUAUCACAGUCAAAUAAACAGGAUAGAAACAUUCCAUUCAAGCUAAACAAUGGAUAUAUAGCGUUUUCCCCCCCAAAAAAACAUUUCAUACAUAUCUAAAAUCUAUGAAUAAAAAAUAUGAGAAAAGUUAUAUUUUAUACACACAUGAAGGUGAAAAAUCAUUUCUGGUGGAAAAAUACAAAUGUAAAAAAUUGGUGGAUAUAGCGUUUUGGAAAUCAAUUUUUCAGAUGCAGAAAGGAGACUGAGUGGGCCAGGCCAGGUAGUAGAUGAAGAGCAGACUGAGUGGGCCAGGUAGUAGAUGAAGAGGAGACUUAGUGGGCCAGGCCAGGUAGUAGAUGAAGAGGAGACUUAGUGGGCCAGGCCAGGUAGUAGAUGAAGAGCAGACUGAGUGGGCCAGGCAGUAGAUGAAGAGGAGACUUAGUGGGCCAGGCCAGGUAGUAGAUGAAGAGCAGACUGAGUGGGCCAGGCAGUAGAUGAAGAGGAGACUUAGUGGGCCAGGCCAGGCAGUAGAUGAAGAGGAGACUUAGUGGGCCAGGCCAGGUAGUAGAUGAAGAGCAGACUGAGUGGGCCAGGCAGUAGAUGAAGAGGAGACUUAGUGGGCCAGGCCAGGCAGUAGAUGAAGAGGAGACUUAGUGGGCCAGGCCAGGUAGUAGAUGAAGAGGAGACUGUGAAUGUAAUGGGCGUGUUCCUCUGCCCAGGUUUUGCUGACGCAUGCCAGAUCUUACAACAUGUGAAUAUUUUAAGUUUCAGCUAACCACAGCAUUAUGGUUGCGUUCCCCUGUUCAGAUGUUGCAUGCAUCAACCAAUGGUUGCAUGCCACAUCAUCAACUGUGUCAUCGACUGACAGAUUGCCAUAACAUACAGUAUAUGGUUAGCUGAUACGUAAAAUAUCUAUCUAAACGUAAGUUCUGGCAGGCGUCAGCAACGCCAGGGCAGAGGGACGCUCCCUAUGUUAUAGCAAUCUUGUCAGUCGAUGACAUAGUUAAUGACGUGGCACGCAACCAUUGGUUGAUGCAUGCAACGUCUGAACAGGGGAAUGCAACCAAUAUGAACUCCUCAUGCUGCUCAUUACUGAGGUGCAAACCAUACUAGCCUUUACACUGACACACACAUCCCGUGACUAAACACACAUGCAGACACACACUUAUGCACACAUCCCCUCUGUGACUACACCCAAGUCAUUAUCAUAAGAGGGACGAGUGGGAUAUUACAAACCAUUUGUUUAGAUUGGAGGUCAUAUCACAUACCGUGUAUGGUGGCCACUGUAUGGUGACAAACGUCCAUUGAGAGCCAGUCACUCACAGUAACAGAUGUGCCUGAGAACA